AUGCCAGAUCUAUUUAUCGGUGCACGCGUUAAGCCAAUCCAAGCCAGUUAUGGGGCCAAGCAAACAGAGCUUAUGGCUACAAUUGAAGGAUUGCGUUUUGCUCUUGACAUGGACGUAUUUGACUUGUGCCAUUCUAGAGAUGGACGCAAAAGAAUGCAUAACUGGUAUUUUUUUGGUGGAGUAAUGCAAUGGAACAUAUAG